UUAAGAAACUACUAGAAACAGUUGGAGCAAAUUGGUGUUGAUCAUUGAAGACUAUAUCAGCUGAUUUCGUUUGGUAGCUUAUUUAUUUCGUGUUUAUUUAUAUUUUUCAAAUUUUUAAGAAAUUUGUGAAUUCAAGUUGAGUUAUGGCCGCAGAAGAAGGUUUUGAACAGUUUGAAGAUGAAGAAGCAGAAAUUCCGAUCGGUGGAACUUUACCUGGCGGUAGAAAGCGUUUAUUUUCGAAGGAAUUGCGCUGCAUGAUGUACGGUUUUGGAGAUGAUCAAAAUCCUUAUACAGAGAGCGUGGAUUUAUUAGAAGAUCUGGUUAUUGAAUUCAUUACUGAAAUGACACACAGGGCUAUGGAAAUUGGACGCACUGGUCGCGUCCAAGUAGAAGAUAUUGUAUUUUUAGUUAAAAAAGAUCCAAGAAAAUAUGCAAGAGUAAAGGAUCUCUUGACCAUGAAUGAAGAAUUGAAAAAAGCUAGAAAAGCAUUUGAUGAAGUUAAAUAUGCAGGUACCGUUAGUCAAUAAAUAUGUUUUGUUACUCUGUCAAUAUCUGAAGCGUAUGAAAGACACUUUUUAUUCUACUUGAACUUUUUAUUUUAUUAAAUAUUUAUGAUCGUUUUUUUUGUUGUUCUUUUAAAUAUUUUUUUAUGAGUUUUUGUUUUGAGAAGAAGAAGUAUUAUGGAAUUUCAUAAAAGUUCAAGUAGAAAUUAUUCAAAGAAAAGUAAACUAUUUGAUGUUUCAAACUGUUUUGUUGAAAUCGUGCAAUACUACUAUUAAAAAUAAAUAUUGUGUUGUAGUAGUUGCACCAUUAAUUAUGAUUUAUUUACAAAUAUGGAUUGCUAUGUGCUUGUAUAAUGCAUCUUUAUAGUACUUCUUGCUUGCUUAUCUAUAUCAAAUUUAGAAAAAUAUGAAAGAGUGCAGUAUUUAAAAUUACUAAAUUAACAAAAAAAAGGUUCAGAUGGAAACAUUAUGCGUUACCUAUGUAAUGUGUAACAACUAUCAUAUAAAUGAUAUCCUAUUUUUAUUACUUUUUUGUUUUGAAGGAUUUGUAGUAUGAAAUAUAUGUAUAUGAAAAUAGAAUAUAGAAACAAAUAUUUAUAUUUUCAUUGUAAUGAUUGAUUAAUUACAUAUAAGUAUAUAUUUCAUUUAUGGGUACUUAUGUAUAUGUAAUUAAUAAUUUUAUAAUUAAAGUAGCUUAUUGUAUUGUUCUAUAAUGUAAAUAAAAGAUUAUGUACAGGC